UGCCUCGGUGCCCGUGGUCCGGCCCGCCUGGUGCCUCGGUGCCCGUGGUUUGGCCUUGUGCCUCGGUGCCCGCUGUCGUGCCAGAUGACUCAGUGCCCGCUGUCGUGCCAGAUGACUCGGUGCCCGCUGUCGUGCCAGAUGACCCGGUGCCCGCUGUUGUGCCAGAUGACCCGGUGCCCGAUGUCGUGCCAGUUGACUCGGUGCCCGCUGUCGAGCUUGGUGACUCAGUGCCUGCUGCCUCACCUGAUGGCCCGGUGCUUGCUGCCUUGUCUGAUGGCCCGGUGCCUGCUGCUCCGCCUGAUG